UUAUAGUAUAUCUUACUACUGAUUACUUAUAAGGACUUAAGUGUUUAAAAGAGUGAUCAUAGUUUGCUAACUAAUUAUUUAACUGUAAAAAGAAGAGAAAAAGACUGCUUCUUUUUACUAUUAUUAUUCUUUUAUUUCCCUUGUCAGUAAUAUAUAUAUAACUGGGAUUGUCUUAUAGUGGAGAGUUUUUGUCAAGCUUUUUUUCAUGUCUUGAAAAAAACUUGUUGGCUGGCUCCAUUAAUGUUUUUGGGGUUCUUUGAACUUGUGCUAGAGUUAAGGAGGUGUUUGGAAGGUUUCAAUAAUGGGAAAGUGACUGAAAUUUGGGUUAUUUUUGUUCUAAGUAAGAAAAAGUGGUGCCUAUACUUUCACCAUGCCUUUAUCUGAGCUUUUAUAUCGAUUGGGUAAAGAAAAGUUUGAUUCUUCUCAGGAGAAGAAUACCACUGAUCUCUCUUCUGUACCUGAGAAUGAUUUUGUUGAGUUAGUAUGGGAAAAUGGUCAAAUUCAGUCAAGUAGGGGUAGAAAGAUCCAAAAUUCUAGUGGGAUACAGUCUCAUACCAAUAAGCUUAGGGAUAAAGAAAUCAGCAAUGGCAGCAACACAAAAAUGGGAAGGUUUGGGGCUGUGGAGUCUGUUCUUGAUGAAGUUCCUAUGUCUGUUCCGUCUGUCGAAAUGGGUUUGAAUCAAGAUGAUGAUAUGGUUCCUUGGUUGAAUUAUCCGAUUGAUGACUCUUUGCAACAAGAUUAUUGUCAUGAGUUUUUCAGUGAAUUGUCUGGUGUUACUGUAAAUGAACAAGCUGAGAACGGUUUUGCGUCGUUGGAUAAGAGAACUAGUAGCAAUCAAUCGGUUAGAGACUCGCCGGCUUUGUCUAUGCAUAAUGGCUUGAGUUUAGAGCAAAGGGUUGCUUCAGCACAAGAUGGUGAUGCAACUAGGCCUAGAAAUAAUAAUACUGCUAGUCAGUUAUAUUCAUCAUCGUCGCAGCAAUCUCAAACAUCAUUUCCAUAUUUUAGAUCUCGAGUUUCAGGUAAUAAUGGCGAGAGCAUGAAUAAUUCAACCCCUCGUGCUUCUUCUGAUGAUUUAGUGCGAGGUCCACCUUCAGGAGGUGGAAAUCCUAAAUCGCAAAAGCAAGUUUCGGGGAUUCCUACUACUAACUCCAGUUUAAUGAAUUUUUCACAUUUCUCAAGACCUGUUGUUCUUGCUAAAGCAAAUUUUCAGAACACCGGCCCGAGGGCUGGUUCAGGAAUAUCGAGCAUUGAACGGAUGGGAACUAAGGAUAAGGGGUUAAUUCCAAGUAAUAGCAAGAAUGCUGAAACUGUGCAUAUUGGUGCAAUUAAUGGUUCUCAACAAAAUUUGAGCUCUCAUUGCCGUCCUGUUAUGCUGUCAUCCAAAGGUCAUGCUAAACCAUCGGACUCUAUGGCUGCUGAGGAACCUCUUCCGGUUAAGCAACCUGAGGAUAUGGAUCAAGAACAUGACUCUAUGAAUGAUAAACAUCAUAGUCAAUUUGCUGAAAGUGCGACAAAACGAUUGGCAGAUGGUGAAAAGACUUCAGAGCCUAUAGUUGCUUCUUCUUCUGUUUGCUCAGGGAACAGUGUAGAGAGAGUUUCUGAUGAACCGACACACAAUUUGAAGAGAAAACACCGAGAAGCAGAGGAAUCUGAAGAUCCUAGUGAAGAUGUUGACGAGGAAUCCAUUGGUGGAAGGAAAGGGGCUCCUGCUCGAGGAGGUACUGGAUCCAAGAGAAGCCGAGCGGCAGAAGUACAUAAUUUGUCUGAAAGGAGGCGAAGGGAUAGGAUCAACGAGAAGAUGCGUGCUCUGCAAGAACUAAUACCAAACUGCAACAAGGUGGACAAAGCUUCAAUGCUUGAUGAGGCUAUCGAGUAUUUAAAGACACUUCAGCUUCAAGUGCAGAUUAUGUCAAUGGGAGCUGGUUUAUAUAUGCCGUCAAUGAUGUUUCCCUCAGGAAUGCAUCAGAUGCAUCCUGCGCAUAUGGCUCAAUUCUCACCGAUGGGUGUUGGUAUGGGAAUGGGUAUGGGUUUUGGGAUGGGUAUGCCUGAUAUGAUGGGUGGAUCUCCUGGCUGCUCAAUGAUUCAGGUGCCUCCUAUGCAUGGAGCACAUUUUCCUGGCCCGCCGAUGUCAGGGCCAAGUGCUUUGCAUGCAAUGGGGGGUUCUAAUAUGCCGAUGUUUGGGAUUUCUAGUCAAGGACAUCCGGUGCCAUAUCCAUGUCCACCGUUAAUGCCUGCGUCAGGAGGACCACAUUCAAGAACUUCACUCGGACUAAAUGCUGGAGUGGUGGCAGGUCCUACGGAUAAAUUAGACUCAGCCCCAGGCUCCAGUUCAAAAGAUUCAGUUCAUUAUGUCAACUCGCAAUCAAUACAAAAUGGUGGUGCCAACGGCUCCAUAAAUCAAACAUCUGGCCAGUGUCAAGUGCCAAAUGAAUGUUUUGAACAGUCUACUUUGGCGCAAAAUAGUGUUCAAGCCUCAGAAGUUACUGAAAGCGGAGCUCCAAAGUCAGCCGGUGGAAAUGACAAUGUGCCCAGUGGAGCUGGCGGUAAGUUUGCGUUUGCAACCAAAACUAGCCACACUUGCCAAUUGAGAUGAGGUUCAUUUAAUGUGGUUUAAAUGGGUGUAACCGUGUAAGAGUGUUUUUAAUUCAUUAGUAUAAGCAGCAGAUUGUGACUAGAUUGUGACUUCAGGCACUUCUGAUACCUGCCAAUGAAGAGGCGAGUCCAUAUAAAGUUCCGAGUCUUUUCUCUAAUCAUGGUGAUUCGUGGCGCACACAGAUCGUUUCAGGGGGGGGAUCGGAAUGAAGUUGAAUCUUACGAUGAUCAUGCCAACUUUCUAAUUUCAAGGCAGUGCAGUUAGAAGAAUGCACACAGAUUUUGGUAUAUUGAGGAGAUAAGCCUGUUCUUGCAUUUGUACAUUCACUUACAUAUCAGAUAUAUGUUUUUAGUGUUGUUUUAGAUCUUAAAUUAUAUAUUCUUUGAAUUAACGAAAACAUACGUUCAUUACAA